UAUUAUUUUUCAUACUAUUCAUAAUUGUCUGACUAAUUUCGAUGAAAAAAAAUAUGUUUAAAAUUAUAAAAAAACUAAUUUCGUUUUUUAAAUGUUUAUAUAAUUUGUAUACAUUUAUUUUCUUUAAUUUUUUUGCAAGUAAUCAAUUGGCCUAUCAAACUGAAAUAUCAAGUUCUAAGUCAAAUGACGAGUUGGAACUUAUUAAUCAGAAACAUAAUUCAAUAGUGACAGUAUCUGUAAAAGAUACAAAUAAGGAUAAAGCCAAAAGUCUAUACGAAUAUAAAUGUAGAGCACAGAAAAUUACAAAUGGACAAAACUCGAAUAAAAUAAACAACACACUUCCAAGCGAUGAGCCGAUCGUGAAAUUAGAAAAUUUUGAUAGUAUUCUUGAAAAAAGUGUUUUUGAUUUGGAACCAGAGGAUUGGGACAUCUUGUACAUGGAAAUGUCGAAACACAUUAAAGCCGAGCCGGAUAUUCUGUGUUAAAAAGAUAAAAAAAAAUUAUGAAUCAAUUAUGAAAAUCAUUAAAGUUAAACAUAACAACAUUUACACAUAAUAUGCGACAUAUUAUAUAUUAAUUUUUCUCU